AUGGACGCCAGCGACCGCCUGAAGGAGUCGCUGGUAGACACGGCGUGGGUGGGGCAGGCGCUGGAGCUCUUCGCGGAUGAGCUGCGCGACUUUGAGCUGCUGGAGGAGGAGGAGGAGAAGGCGUUCCAGGCGGAGCUGCAGCGGGUUCCAGAGCCGCCGCCGGAGCCCACACCGACCCGCCCCGUGAGCAGCGAGCCGCGGGGGUCGGGCCACGAGCGGAAGGACGCGGCAAAGCACAAGAAGGCGACGGCCUCCCCGCCCAAGCGGGGGGCGGGGGAGAGGGCGGGUGGCUCGCCGGGGCCCGCUGGCGGCGGACACGCGAGGACGAUGCGCGCCGCCCCGCACGCCGCCGAGGAGAGGAAGGCGGCCUUGACGGCGGCUAGAGAGCAGGAAUUCUGGUACCGCGCCCUGAGUGAAAUUAAGCAGCAGCUGCAGCGCUCAUGCGAGGGGGCGGACGCGCUGCGGGGGCACGCGCGUCGACAGCAACGCUUCUUUAACGCCCGGAACAUUGACGAGUACAGGAUGGACGAGAUUUUGCAGGGGGCGCCGGCAAGGGUCAGCAAGGGAAAGGUGCCCGCCGUAGACUUCUCCCUCGAGGAUGCGCAGCCAAAGUACGCGGCCUCUGCCGAAGCCUCGGUGACGGCUCCCUCCUCCGACACGCUGGGCACGAACGCACGCAGCUCGGCAAUGCGUUCCGCGGGCAUGGACGCCGUGGGCGCCGACGGCGGGUUCACCAUCGACGCCGCCGGCUUCGCGCGCGACCUCAACGCCUCGCUGGAGAGGGAGUACGGCUUCCACCCCGUCCUGGCGGCCCCAGAGGACAAGGCGGCCGCGGCCGCGCCGGAUGCAGGCGGCGAGCUGAAGUGCAAGCUACUGACGCACGCGCCCGGGGAUCUGAUGGAGAUCGGGGGCCCGUGGGGCGCCACGCUGCCGCCGGUGGGCUCGACAGCCGAAGCGGCGGGCGUGGCCCGCCCCCCGCCCUCCACGGGCAACGCCAACGUGGGAGUGGCGCUCCCCGCCAUCAUCCCCCACGACAACGGCGAAGUUCCUGCCCCGGUGCCUCUGCCGCCUUCUCCGUCUGCGACGACGGCCGCUGCCGCUUCUGCUGCUGUUGCAACAACGGCAGCAAUGACAACCACAACGGCGAUAAAAGUGUCGGGGGUAAAAAGGGCGGGUGCGGCGAGCCAGGCUCGUGCGUUGGCAACCGCAACUAAAAAGGUUCCUCGCCCUUUCGCGAAGAUUGAGUGCUCUGCGGCAAACAACAGCGUGGAGCUGCAGACAAGGGUGGGGGUGGAGGUGAGCGCCACCGUUCGCUUCGUCAACCGCGGCCCCAAUCUGCUGCGCGUGCGGAUUCCUCCCUCCAGGCACGCUUGGAUCACCUACGCAAUAGUGUCCUCCUCUGUAGACCGACAAGCUUCUCCAAACUCGGCUUCGCCCCCGCUUCCGCCGCCGCCGCCGCAGUCGUCUUCGUCCUGCCACGUGGCCGCCUCUGCCGUUGCCCGCACCACCUUGAGCGAGCCUCUUGGGUGCGGCGGCUUCGUCGACGUACACAUCACAUUUGAGCCCCAAAGCGCAGCGGAGCCCGCGAUCAGGGAGUUGCUGCGACUUGGGCAUUGCCGGGAGCUGAACUCCCGCCGGGGCGAAGGGGCGCAGUGGCACUUUUUCGAUGUCGAACUGCACUGUGAAACGAUUUUGCCGCAAUUUAGUCUGAUUCCGGUCACGCAGCGGGAAGAGGCGGGGCCCGUCUCCUCGGCGGCGCCCUCUGCCACUGGGAAGCGGGGCCGCGGCCGCAAGGCCAUUGAGGAAACUGUGACGAGGUAUGAGUUUCCGUACACGUACGUCAUGGAUGCCUGCUCGCGAAGCUUUUACCUUGAGAACACCGGUUCGGUCGCCGUGGUCAAGCUCAGCAGCACUUCGCCAUGUUUUACGGUGUCUCCGGCGCCGGAGACCGCCGUGCUUCUGCCGGGUGGAGGCCGCGUGGGCGUCACGGUGUGCUUCACCCCGAUGACGGAGAUGCGCUACGACGCCGAAGAGCUUCUUGUAGCGGUGCUGCAGGGCGAGGAGGGGCCGGUCGUGGCGGAACACCGGUUCGGGCUAUGCGGGGAGGGCGUGUUGCCUCACAUCGAGCUUGUGCGCGUCGGGAGCCUGAAUAUAGCCGCACCGCGGCCGGACGCGAGUGUGCUGCAGUACAUGGUGCCUGGCACCGCGCCUGGCGUUGAAACCAAUGUGUUGGUCACGGUCCGCAACCGCGGCCCUAUCACUGUGCCGUACCACUGGGAGACGGACGCCGUUGGGGGCGGGAGUGGCUUGGGCGGGGAGGCGGCUUCGCUGCGCGUGACACCCGCCACCGGCGUCUUUCCCCCGCGCGAGGAGAGCUGCUUCACCGUCGCGCUGAAGCCCGCGGCGGCCCAGCCCUUGGCAGCCGUGCUGAAUCUCUUUCUAGAGGGCCUGCCCGCCCUGCCUGUGGACGCGGCAGCCGCGUCGGAUGCCUACUCGCGCGGUGGGCUUAUCCCUGCCCUGCCGGCCCCCGACGCGCUGCAGGCGAUGGCGGACCCCUACAUCGUGUUCCAGCCCUGCACGCGCGAGCAGCCGGCGGACUGCGACGGUGUCUUUGCCACCGGCUUUUACCUCUUUGCCGACCCCGUCUUGCCCUCCCUCGUCCUCAUCCCGGACCGCCUGGAGGAGGGGGUGGAGUGCCUCGUGCACUACAGCAACGUGCGGUGCAUCACGAUGCAGAACAACUCGCCGCGUUCGCUGCACUUCUGCUUUGACCCGAGCUGCGACGAAUGCCCCCCCGCGGUGCUGCUCUCGACACGCGAGCGUGAGGCGCUGGACGUUGCCUUUGAGCCCCGAAAGGGAUGCGUGCCGCCGCAUGCCAGCGUCACGGUGCUGUUUCGGUUUACGCUGCGGGAGGUCGGCCACUACUUCGUUGACAUUGACUGCUACAUUCCAGAGCUGAUGGAGCUCCUGACGCCCACAGCAGCCGCAGCCGUGGCGGAGGCGCCGGAAGUUCGGUGCUCGCAUCAGCUGCACCUCAGCGUGACGGGCGUCGGCCCCUCCGUGCACCUGAGCACGGACUUCCUGGACUUUGGCCUCAUUGAGCACGGAGGGGAGGCGGAGGCCUCCUUCACGGUGUCGAACGACAACCCGAUCCCCGUCGUCUUCGACCUCCAGGACCCCUUGCUGCGGGAGCCGCCCCGCUUUGUUUUUCUUCCCCCCACCCACCGCCUCCCCGCGCGGGACUCGGUGGAGGUGACGGUUUACCGCCAGGCGGUGGAGUUGGGCGACUCGCAGACGUUCUUUGAGUUAAUCGUGCGGGGCGGCGACACCCUGGCGAUCGAAACCCGCGCCACCAUUCAGGCGCCUUUGCUCGUCGUGCCGGAGACGGUGCUGGACUUUGGCGUCGUGCCGGAGGGGGCGUGGGUGGAGCAAAACCUUGUCGUGUCCAACGCCUCCGCCUUUGACAUUUCCUACACCGUCGAGGCUGUUGUGCUGCCGGCCUGCAUUCGACUCGCCGCCCCGCCGCCUGGAGCGUUGAGGGCGGGACGGCAAAACGUGCCCAUUCCCAUCCGCUGCGCCUUUGACUCCCAGUCAGGCGAGGGAGCGCGGGAGGCGUUGCUGGUCAUCAAGAACGCCCGUGCGCGGCAGGAAACCCUCGUGGAGCUCCGCUGUGAGCGGGUGCAGCAGUUAACCGUUGCCCUCGACCUGAUUCCGGUGCCAAAAGGGGCAAGUGGGCUCGGCUGCAUGGCGUACACCCCGCCCAUUCUCCCCUACACCAUCCCGCCUCCACCAAAAAUGGAGAUCGACUGCUUCAUCGAGGCACUACUGUGGAAUCUUGUGGAGCUUUACGUGGUGGGGGCGCCGGAUGCGCCGUGCUCGCCAGGGACAGUGACGGAGGUAACCGACGUCGUUGCCGUAGAGCGUCCACCCGCGGUGUUGCGCCCGUACUGCCCGCCCGUGGUGCUGAAGUCCUGCUUGCCGGACAAGGAGCCCGUGUGGUCGGAGUUGUUGGUGCUGCGCGUGCGCAACCAGACCGGUUGCUACGGCUCCUACACGGUGGAGGCGAUGCGUCACCCGGUGAAGGCCUCUGUAGAGGGAGCUGCGGGAACCAGCACGCUGCGGGAACAGCUCGCCUUGACGGCGACGCGCCUCACUGGGGCAAGUCUGCCCAUGCAGCGAUCGGAUACUACUGUGCGGGGCAGGCGGAAAAAGCGUCUGCCUCAACACGACUCUUCUUCUGCUGUUGCUGCUGCGGCUGGACGGACGGAGGGGCCUACCGCGAGGUCUUCGCUGGCGGCGGUGCAGCGUUCGUUCUGGUGCAAAGGCGUGGACGGCACGGAACAGAUGGAGCGGGAGCGGCGCGCCGCUUUGGUUGACGCGCAGGAAAUACUUCUAGAUGGGCGUGGCGGCGCCACCAUCUUUGGCAACGCGCCCUUUGGUCCACUGCAUCCACACGACACGGUCGAGGUGCCGCUGACAAUAUUUGCCAACCUCCCAGGACGCUACGAGGAGACGCUGCAGGUGCGCUGCGGCGACUUGCCCUACACCCACAUCCCACUCAACCUGGAGCUGAGUGGCAAGCCGGUGCUGCUGGACUCCAACACAGCAGGGCUCACGGUGCUGGGCGGCAGGGAACUGAUGCUCAUGCCGGCCGUCAUCGCGGGCGUCGGGCGGUCGCGGCGCAGCAUGCUUCUCCUCAAUCGCGUUCCACGGGACUUGAACGUCUCGGUGAAGAUCUUCCUCACCACCGCGACUUUUUCCGUCGUGGCCGUGGACGCGGAGGUGGCGGCGGCCGCCGUGACGCUGCAGCUUCAACCCGUCUCGGAGGAGGAGCAGCGGCGGGAGUCGGAGGGAAAAGGGAGGGUGGCGGCGGCGCCCGAGACCUUUUUCCUGCCCGCGCUGGGGUCACGGGAGGUCACCGUUGAGUACGCCCCGGAUGCGACGUUUGUGGCCAAGGCGGGCGGGGCCGAGCGGGAGUGGCGCGGCGGCGUCAUCAUCACGGCGGAGGUCGCCGACAGCCCCUUCAACGAUGGAUUCAUCAUUGACGAGUUCUACCGCCUGCACGCCGCGCGGUACCCGGCGGGGCGCGUCUUCAAGAAGAAGCGGGUGCGGGAGGCGGAACCGGCGUGGAUGCGCAGCAUCGUGCGCCCGAUCGUGAUGCUGAAGCUGCAGCAGCCCCUCAUCUCCCGCCCCGGGGUGGUGCGGAACAACGCGAUUUUGCCCCCCACGCCGGGGGAACUGAAGGUGCUGCGGAGGCACUUCUCCGCGGGGAAGCCGCGCCUGUGCUGCGGCGCCGCCGCCGCCGCGGCGAGCGAGGAGCAACCUGCAAGUGUCUCAGCCAGCGAAUCCCGCGGCCACGCAGGCACCACCGCCACGACAGAAGGAGAGGACGACGGGGACGCGGAUGAGGAGGACGCGAGCCCUGACGAGGAGUCGCUGGCCUACCGCGAUGAGGCGGUUGUUUCACGCCAGCCGCCGGAGGUUAUUCUGGCAAACGAGGAGGAGCGCCAGGCCCUGUAUACCUUUAUGGAGCGGCGAAAGCUGGAGAUGGCGGAGCAGAGCCGCCAUUACUUUAUCCCCAUCGAGCUCGAGGUGCGCGCGCGCUGCGGGGCCGCACAGCUGGCCGUGGAGCCCUCCGGCGAGCUGGUUCGCUUCCCCCGGUACGUGGAGGGCGAGCCCUGCACGCAGGUGGUGCGGUUGACCAACCAGAGCUGUGCGGCGAUGGAGUUUAUUUUGGACCUCCCGUCCACCUCCCCCUUCCGCAUCGCGGCGACGCGCUUCGUGUCGGGCAAAACCGAGGAAGAUCCGGUGGAGGUGGACGAUGAGGAGGCGGCGCGUGGGAGGCGGGCGGUGGCGGAGCUGAAGUGGAGCAGCUUCGAGGAGCGGCAAAAGGCGCAGCGGCUGCUGAAAGCCGCCAGGCGGAGGCAGUCGGAGGAUAUGGCCGUGACGGAGGUGCGAAUGGCGAAGUUCUCCCUCCCCGGCGGCGACGGCGGUGGUGGUGGCGGUGCAGCGCGGGGCGAGGCGGCCGCCUUCGUGACGGUCACGAAGUACUUCCUGCACCCCGGCGACGCCCUGGAGGCGCAGGUGGAGUUCUGCCCCCCGGCGCGGGCGGAGGUGGACGCCCUGACGCGCGCCAACCGCGGCGUGGCGGCGACGCUGAGUGUCAUGUACCUUCCCUCGGAGGGGGGCGUGCAGGGCCCCAGGCCGCACGACGCGGGCACGUCGCAGCCCGUCUGCCCGCCCCCCGUGCUGGAGCUGACGCAGUCGGUUCCCCUCGUCCUCAACUUCUCGUUGCCGUCGGUGCGCUGCAGCCCCGCGCGGCUCUGGUUUUACCCGGGGCAGCUGCGGCACGACGGGAGACCGCAGCCGUGCUACGCGCAGAAGAUAAAGUUGCUGAGCUCCUACCCAUCGGCGGUGACGUUUGCGAUUGUCCCGUCGCGUCGAGCUUGCACGGAGGUCUUUCCCACCCUGACCGCCACCACAACUCCGGGCGACGGUGGUGGUAGUGGCGGCGGCGGCGCUGCUGUUGCUGUUGCGGGGUCUAUUUCCUGCAAGCGGAGCACCGCGCGAGAGGCUGCGCCUCUGCUCACCCGCAGCCGCCAAAUAAAGGAAAUUACGCACUACUGGGGAGAAGUCGGCGACGGCAGCGGGGAGGAUGAGGGCGAGAGUGGCGCGGACAUGGAUGGCCCCGCGGUUGCGCUGCAGGGAGCGGGGACGGAUCAGGCGCAGGCGGGGCAGCAGCAGCAGCAGCAGCAGCGACGACGACGACAGCAGCAGCAGCAGCAAAGGGCGCAGCAGAAGGAAGAGCAACAACUUCUCGUGGUGACGGACCCCGAGCGCUUCACUAUUACCCCCAUGCAGGGCAGUAUCCCUGGCGCCACACGCGGCGGCCAGCCUGGCGAGUGCGAGAUCGCCGUGACUUUUAGGGAACAGAUGAAUGUCCGCUUUGAGGCGCUGUAUGAUGUGCUGAUCAACGGCUGCCUGGUGGAGAAUGGCGGCUUCAGCCUCUGCGGAGACAGUCGUGUGACGGAGAUUUAG